AUGGCGACUACUUUUCUACCUUCUCAAACCUUCGUAGUCCGUGCUUCCGGCGUCUCCGACAACACUCGCCGGAAAACCACCACAUCCGCCGCUGCCGGCGGUGGAAAGUGGUGGUCGCCGCUCUUCGGAUGGUCCGCUGAAGCUGAUUACAUUGAUUCCGGCUCAAAGAUCGAAGCAACUCCGGUGAAGUCGGAGGAUGUUCCGGCGAAACCGAAGUUCUCAGGCUGUUUCACUGAAGAAAAGGCGAGGCAGAUGAGGUUGAUGACGAAGGAAACGGCGGCGUUUCAUGAUAAAAUGUAUCACUCUGCUAUUGCUUCUCGUCUUGCUUCUGAUUUCUCUGCUCAUGACUCAGAUCGUCAAUGA